AUGACAGGGGGCUAUUCAGCUGAGUGCUACGUCACUCUGGACCUGAACAGCAAACUCGCCGUUUGGCACCCACGUUUUCGCUACCCACUCUGGAGCAGCGGCAUUAUGUCCCAAGUUGGGUACUAUGCCCUCGUCCUCCGCUAUGACGGCACCCUUCGUAUAUAUGGUCCCCAGCUUUGGAGUGCUGGGUCCUCUUCGGCACAACUAACAGCAGGGAUUGUUGGUUGGACUUGGACGAAGACCACUGAGUCAGUGCUCUACUCCGGUGAUGUAGCACCCAUCGGAACCACGAUCGUUAAUGGGAACAAUGAACUCACACUGCUGGACGACUGCAACCUGCAUUGGGGUGGUGAUGUUCUCUGGACUAACAGAGUGGCUUCACCCACGUAUUCGGAGUUUGUUCUCGUGCUGCAAACCAACGCCAUGCUCACUGUCUAUGGCCCUGUAAUCUGGUCUAAUGUCAUCUCCGGUGCUGUUUCCGGCAAGAUUGACACGGUCUCUGCCGACUAA